AAAAAUAAAAAAUCAAAUGUGGGGACGGCGGGACGAGUAUUGGUUUUACUUCACUACUAGGAGACAGGAGUACAACUCUCUUAUACUUCAAUUCUCCUUCAUCUAUUUCCGCCAUUGUUAGACCUUCAAAAGCCCUAAAUUUACAUCAAUGGCGCCCAUCGAUCCUCACUCUUACACCGAUUCAACUCACCCAUUCACAACCCAUAUCUCACUCUCUCUCUACUUCGAUUUCCCUGCUUCAGAAAUCUACUCUUCUGCUCUCCUUUCUUUGUCUUCCCCUCACACUGGCUCCCUCUCUCUCGAUACACGUUCUCUCUCCAUCAAUUCAAUUGUCGACCCUAAAACCCUUACUCCGAUUCCCUUUUCUCUUUCCUCCGAAAUCGACCCUAUCAAAGGUGCCCUUUUGACAGUCACUCUCUCUAAUCAAUCUGAAUUUCUCAUCUCCUUCAAAACUUCCCCAAAUUCUUCUGCUCUUCAAUGGCUUUCACCUCCGCAGACUUUUAAUAAGAAAUUUCCGUUUGUUUAUACCCAAUGUCAGGCUAUACAUGCCCGUUCAAUCUUCCCGUGCCAGGAUACGCCGGCUGCUAGGAUUAAGUAUUCAGCUAAGCUGAAUAUUCCUCAAUCGCUCUCCGCUGUCAUGUCUGCUCGACAUGUCGAACGCCGUGUGCCGGUUUCUGGUGAGGCAGCAAUGGCAUGUGAUGAUUCAACUUGGUGUGCGGAAGAUAGGGUUGUGGAAGAUUUUGUGAUGGAGCAACCAAUACCCCCCUACCUUUUUGCAUUUGCUGUUGGAGAAAUCAGCCACAGGGAAGUUGGUCCAAGAACAAGAGUAUAUGCAGAAUCGGUGCCUACUGUUUUAGAUGCAGCUGCAAGAGAAUUUGCAGGUGCAGAGGAUAUGAUUAGGCAAGGGGAGAAGUUGUUUGGACCUUAUGAUUGGGAAAGGUUUGAUUUACUUGUUCUGCCUCCCAGCUUUCCAUAUGGGGGAAUGGAGAACCCGAGGAUGGUAUUUCUGACACCUACAGUCAUAAAAGGGGAUGCAACUGGAGCACAAGUGGUGGCUCAUGAACUUGCUCAUAGUUGGACCGGCAAUCUAGUUACAAACAAGAAUAAUGAACACUUUUGGUUAAAUGAGGGUUUCACAACGUAUGCAGAAAGGAGAAUUGUUGAAGUUGUUCAAGGGGAGGACAUAGCUGCUUUAAAUAUUGGUAUUGGAUGGAAGGGCUUAAAUGAUGAGAUGGAAAGAUUUAAAGAUAACAUGGAAUUUACAAAGCUUAAAACAAACCAGGAAGGGGUUGAUCCAGAUGAUGUAUAUUCACAGGUUCCAUAUGAGAAAGGAUUUCAGUUCUUAUUGCGCAUUGAGCGACAGAUUGGCAGACCUGCAUUUGACGAGUUCCUUAAGAAGUAUAUUUCCACCUUCAAGUUUCAGUCAAUUGAUACUGAUACCUUCCUGGAUUUCCUAAAAGCUAAUGUCCCUGGCAUAGAAAAAGAGAUCAAUUUAGAGCUUUGGACCGAGGGUACAGGAAUUCCGCCAGAUGCUCAUGAACCAGUAUCUAGUAUUUAUACUAAGAUUGUAUCGCUUGCAAAUGAGUUCAAAAAUGGGCAGAUGCCUAAGGAUGAAGACGUUGCUGAUUGGGGAGGGCAGGAAUGGGAGCUGUACUUGGAAAAUCUGCCUAAAUCUAUUCAAGCUUAUCAGAUUGCAGCAUUGGAUGCACGCUUCCGACUUUCUGAAUCGAAAGAUCAUGAAGUGAAAGUAGCGUUUCUUCAACUGGCAAUUUCUUCUGGGUGUCAGGAUUAUUAUGCUGAGGUGGAGAAAACAUUGAAGGAGGUUGGCCGAAUGAAGUAUCUCCGUCCCCUUUACACCCAUCUUGUGCAAGGUCCUGGAAAAGAAGAGGAGAAAAUAUUUGCGAAAAGGGUGUUUGCAGAAGCACAGGCUUGCUAUCACCCGAUAGCUCAGGGCGUGGUAGAAGCCAUUCUGUCGAAACAUGUGUAGCAUCUCAAAGAGGGGACUCUUUGUAGCACUCUUUAACAACUAAUAAUCAGACUUCCCGAUGUGAGGUAUUGUUCUCAAUGCUCGUCUCACAGUAGGGAAAAGAGAGUGGCCAUAAAUCAUGUGACUUGCCUCACAAAUGUACAUUAAAUUAUCGAGAUUACAUGGAUUUUGAACUGCUUAUAUAAUUUCAUUGAAUAACAAAUGUUUCGUAUCAAUAA